AUGGAAGGGACAUAUUUUCACUUCGAAAAGUUUCUGGGAAAAGGCUCCUUCGGCUCGGUGAGUCUCUUCAAGUUCAACGGAAGACAUGACGGCAAGACACGAUGCGUCGCCGUGAAAACCUCCGACGGAAAACACGCAGAAGCUCUUUACAGAGAGUUUCGAAUCCUGUCUGAAUUCAGAGGGUCAUCGGGAAUCGUCCAAUGCUAUGGGACCAGAGUGCAUAAGAGUCUCAACGACGAAGGUCACAGAGAGUACAAGAUCCCCAUGGAGUACGCGUGA